UGGGCGCCAGGCUGCAGGCUCCAGCCUCGGGCGCGCGGCCCGGCCCAGCUCGGCUCCCGCCCCGCCCGGGCCUCCCUCCGGCCGCCGCCAUCCGCCGCCCCGCCGUGCACGAGAGCGGACGCCGCCCGGGCUGCCGGCGGAGAUGUACGGUGUGUGUGGCUGCUGCGGCGCCCUCCGCCCCAGGUACAAGAGGCUGGUGGACAACAUCUUCCCAGAAGACCCAGAGGAUGGUCUGGUGAAAACCAACAUGGAGAAAUUGACCUUCUAUGCCCUGUCAGCACCUGAAAAGCUCGACCGUAUCGGUGCCUACCUCUCAGAGAGACUCAUCCGGGACGUGGGGCGCCACCGAUAUGGGUAUGUGUGCAUUGCCAUGGAGGCACUGGAUCAAUUGCUCAUGGCCUGCCACUGCCAGAGCAUCAACCUCUUCGUGGAGAGCUUCCUCAAGAUGGUGGCCAAGCUGCUGGAGUCGGAGAAACCUAACCUGCAGAUCCUGGGCACCAACUCCUUUGUGAAGUUCGCCAACAUCGAGGAAGACACACCAUCCUACCACCGAAGCUAUGACUUCUUCGUGUCCCGCUUCAGCGAGAUGUGCCACUCCAGCCACGAUGAUCUGGAGAUCAAGACAAAGAUCCGAAUGUCAGGCAUCAAAGGCCUCCAAGGGGUGGUGAGGAAGACGGUGAAUGACGAACUGCAGGCCAACAUCUGGGAACCCCAGCACAUGGACAAGAUCGUGCCCUCGCUGCUCUUCAACCUGCAGCAUGUGGAGGAGGCUGAAAGCCGGUCCCCCUCGCCCCUCCAAGCCCCUGAGAAGGAAAAGGAGAACCCGGCUGAGCUGGCCGAGAGGUGCCUCCGGGAACUGCUGGGCCGAGCUGCCUUUGGCAACAUCAAAAAUGCCAUCAAGCCCGUCCUCAUUCACCUGGAUAACCAUUCUCUCUGGGAGCCCAAGGUGUUCGCCGUCCGCUGCUUUAAAAUCAUCAUGUACUCAAUUCAGCCGCAGCACUCCCACCUGGUUAUCCAGCAGCUCCUGAGCCACCUGGACGCCAACAGCCGCAGUGCCGCCUCGGUGCGGGCAGGCAUCGUGGAGGUCCUGUCCGAGGCUGCGGUCAUCGCUGCCACAGGCUCUGUCGGGCCCACAGUGCUGGAGAUGUUCAACACCCUGCUCAGGCAGCUGCGGCUCAGCAUCGACUAUGCCCUGACUGGGAGCUAUGACGGGGCCCUCAGCCUGGGCAUCAAGAUCAUCAAAGAGCAUGAAGAGCGCAUGUUCCAGGAGGCCGUGAUCAAGACCAUAGGAUCUUUUGCCAGCACGCUGCCCACUUACCAGCGCUCGGAGGUGAUCCUCUUCAUCAUGAGCAAGGUCCCUCUGCCUUCGCUGCACCACCCCAUGGAGACUGGGAGGACAGGGGAGAAUAGAAACCGACUCACACAGAUCAUGCUGCUGAAAUCGCUCCUGCAGGUAUCAAUGGGCUUCCAGUGCAGCAACAUGAUGUCAGCACUGCCCAGCAACUUCCUGGAUCGCCUUCUGUCCACCGCCCUUAUGGAGGAUGCCGAGAUUCGUCUCUUUGUCCUGGAAAUUCUCAUCAGUUUCAUCGAUCGCCAUGGCAACCGUCACAAGUUCUCCACCAUCAGUACCCUCAGUGACAUCUCUGUUCUGAAGCUGAAAGUGGACAAGUGCUCCAGGCAGGACACUGUUUUCAUGAAGAAGCACUCCCAGCAGCUCUACAGACACAUCUACCUGAGCUGUAAGGAGGAGUCGAACAUCCAGAAGCACUACGAAGCUCUCUACGGCCUGCUGGCACUCAUCAGCAUCGAGCUGGCCAAUGAGGAGGUGGUGGUUGACCUCAUCCGCCUGGUGCUGGCUGUACAGGACGUGGCCCAAGUCAAUGAGGAGAACUUGCCUGUGUACAACCGCUGUGCCCUCUAUGCCCUGGGUGCGGCCUACCUGAACCUCAUCAGCCAGCUGACCACAGUGCCCGCCUUCUGCCAACAUGUCCACGAGGUGAUUGAGACCAGGAAGAAAGAGGCUCCGUACAUGCUCCCUGAGGAUGUAUUUGUGGAGAGGCCCAGGCUGUCCCAGAAUCUUGAAGGAGUGCUUAUCGAGUUCCUCUUCCGCCAGAGCAAAAUCAGCGAAGUCCUGGGGGGCAGCGGCUACAAUUCAGACAGGCUCUGCCUACCCUACGUCCCCCAGCUGACAGAUGAGGAUCGUUUGUCCAAGCGGAAGAGCAUCGGGGAAACCAUCUCCCUGCAAGUGGAGGUAGAGUCCAGGAACAGCCCGGAGAAGGAGGAGCGUGUGCCAGCCGAGGAGAUCACCUAUGAAACGCUGAAGAAGGCCAUUGUGGACAGUGUAGCGGUGGAGGAGCAGGAACGAGAGCGGCGGCGGCAGGUGGUGGAGAAAUUCCAGAAGGCUCCCUUUGAGGAGAUCGCAGCCCACUGUGGGGCCCGGGCCUCUCUGCUGCAGAGCAAACUCAACCAGAUCUUCGAAAUCACCAUCCGGCCCCCUCCAAGCCCAUCAGGAACCAUCACUGCUGCUUACGGCCAACCUCAGAACCACUCCAUCCCCGUAUACGAGAUGAAGUUUCCUGAUCUGUGUGUCUACUGAGUCUCAAAAGUCCAGCACCUCACAGGGGCUCGCUACCCCGACGUCAUGGAACCCUGAUUGCCAUCUCGUAGCAAAAGUGCUCUAGAGGUCACACCUCCCCAGCUGGAUAAGAUGCACGCUGUACCUCCUGCUGCCUCCCUGUCAUCCUCCGAGGGACAUCAGCCACUUAUGCCCUGGAGCCCCUAAGCAUCUCACCUGCACUUUUGUCUCCUCCCUUAUGUCAACAGGGAUUGAGUCAUGGGGGUUCUCAGAGAGAGACUAAGGUGCUGAGAAACACAACAAGUGCUGAUCUUCCAAGGUGGCUUGG